AUGUUUUGGACUGCCUUUCUUCAGUGCGACCCAAAUUCUGUAUUCUUUGGGUUUAUGGGAAUUACCUCAGCCAUCGUCUUCGCCAAUCUGGGGGCAGCAUAUGGCACAGCAAAGAGCGGCGUUGGAGUUAGCAGCGUCGGUGUCAUGCGGCCCGACUUAAUUAUGCGCUCAAUUUUGCCAGUUAUUAUGGCCGGUAUUUUGGGCAUCUACGGUUUAAUUAUUUCUAUCGUCAUCUCCUCCGUUAUGGGUUCACCUGAUGUAUAUUCUGCAUAUGCCGGGUUUGGGCAUUUGGCUGGGGGUUUGGCUGUGGGUUUGAGUGCCCUCGCCGCAGGGCUGGCAAUCGGCAUUGUUGGAGAUGCAGGUGUGCGAGCUAACGCACAACAGCCGAAACUUUUCUUCGGUGUUACUCUCAUCUUAAUUUUUGCUGAAGCCAUCGGGCUUUACGGUCUGAUUAUUGCGCUGGUUAUCGUCACGCGAAAAGUUGAUGGGCUGUGCACCAGUUAUAAAGCUUAA